GCCUGUAAAGUGUGGCAAGGCAGUGAAGACCGGUAAAUUUUCUACUGAUAGCAGCUCUCCGAGUUUGUAUAAAAUGGUAAGCCCAGCUUUUAACCAGCUUUUGGACACCAACGUUGCCCAGCUGUACAGCGCGGCCACCGCCCUGAAACCUGAUGGAAAUCUGGCAGUGUCCCCCUUGUCCAUCCUGUACGCCAGCGCGCUGAUGUACAUUGGCUCAUCCGGAUCCACCAAAUCCAAUUUAGACAAGAGCUUCCAUUUCAAUCAGUUUUUCAACAGUAAUGCCGACUCCGUACUUUCCGCAUUCUCCACGUCCAUGGCCAAUUUUACCUCGGUUAAAACGCCCAGGGGGGACGAUCCGUUUGUCAUUAACCUGGUUAGUGGUGUCUUUUUACAAAAAGGCGCACCCUUCGUUAACAAGUUCAAAGACGGCGCGGUUAACCAGCUGAAAUCGGAAGCCGAGUUUAAAGACUUUAGAGUCAACGCCGAAAAAGCCCGCGGGGAAAUCAACACCUGGGUGUCUGACAAGACCAACGGGCGGAUCAAAGACCUCCUGCCAAAAGAUGCUGUGUCACCAUCCUCCAUUGCAGUACUGGCCAACGCCCUGUAUUUCAAGGCAAGUUGGGAAACUGCACUGAAAUUUAACCCCAUGAACACCAAGAAGCGAGACUUUAGACUGCUGAAUGGACAGAACACCCAAGUGGACACUAUGUCAAAUUUCGCCUACCGUCUACCGUAUGCUGAAGAUGCCGACUUGGAUGCAAAAUAUAUCGAAUAUGGUUACACUAACAAUCAGGGAGCCAUGCUCUUCCUGCUGCCUAAUAAGAAGGAUGGACUGCGCGCCUUAGAGAAGAAGCUGACCGCGAAUGUCUUCGGUAAUCUGCAGAAAAAAGCAACAGGCGAGCGAGUCACACUACAAAUUCCCAAGUUCAAAGUAGAAGCGGAUCUGAAUCUGAAGGACAUGUUAAAAAAGAUCGGAGUGAAGGAGGCUUUUGAGCAGAGCAGUGCGGAUUUUUCCGGUAUGACCUCACAGAAGCCGGUGUGGAUUGGCGAUGCCUUCCAUAAAACAUUCGUCGAGAUCGAUGAGAAAGGCACGGAAGCAGCCGCUGCGAGCGCUUUUGUUAUGUUAGCCGGGUCAGCGUUCAAUCAAGCGCCACCCAAGGAGUUCACAGCUGACCAUCCUUUCAUCUUUGCCAUCCGCCACAAUCCAACCAAUGCGAUCCUUUUCAUUGGCCGUGUUGAGAGUUUUUAAAAUGGUGCCUAGAAAAGGGUUUCCCAUUGUUGCUUUCUAAGUUUCAGGUUAAUAGUAAUAUGACAGGUCACCUUUGAUUACAUAACUGAAGAACAUGUCCAAGCACUGUACUGUUUAUGCUGACUGUUGCCUAUUUGUCCAAUACAAGUGAUCCAAAUAACACAUGCCGUGACAUGCGUACAUA